CUUUUGUCUGACAGCAGCAGGAUGUUUGGCACUGUGCUGCUCUGCUGUUGGUCCUUCGGUCUGCUGCCGCUCGCCUCUUCGCUGGUUCAUGGAAACUUACCGCUCGAUGAAGGUCCUGUCGCUGGACGUCGCACUGAAACCUCCUUCCUAUCUGAAAUCGAAAGAAGCCAAGUACCUGACCGCAUGCACGAGCCUGCCCUCCUCCCUGUGGACUCUGUAGAAGAUCAUUUUUUGAUGGAUACAGGCUCCUAUGAUGAGGACACGUCUGCAGCCUUACAGCUGCAGGGUCGGGCCAUGCGUUCACCUCGUCGCUGCAUCCCUCACCAGCAGUCCUGUUUGGGCUACCCACUUCCCUGUUGUGAUCCCUGUGACACCUGCUACUGCCGCUUCUUCAACGCUAUCUGCUACUGCCGCCGAGUUGGCCACGUGUGCCCCCCAAGACGCACCUGA